UUCUCCCAAACUAUAUUUUCCUUUAUUUAUGAAGCUGAUAUAAAAUCAACUGCAGCAUGGGCACUCUGGACAAACACUGCACCGGCUAUAAAAUCGACGACGUGUUCAAGUCCAACGCCCUGGUAGACAUCAGGGCUUGCAACAAGCCCGUGGUCAAGUUUUAUGUGCUUAAAUUUUUCCUAGUGUUUUGUUUUUGAAAUGCAUGAAUUCCAGAUAUUAUUUUAACAACAUACUAUCAACAUGACAAAUAAUACGUCAUUGUUCCGUGGAGUACGAAGUUCAAAGUUUCGUCAUGUCUAUGGAUCCCCGUCCAGGCGAGAAGAAUUGUAUGACAAUAUACCGAUCACUCGUAAUGCUCAUGACUCUAAUUUUUGUGCUGCCAACCCAAAAUUUGUUGCCAUUGUGACUGAAGUAGCUGGUGGUGGAGCAUUUGUAGUAUUACCAAUCAAUAAGACUGGUCGUUUAGAUUUAAAUACCAGCAAAGUUACUGGCCAUAGAGGUCAAGUUUUAGAUGUAAAAUGGAACCCAUUCAAUGAUAACAUAAUUGCUUCUUGUUCUGAUGACUGUACUAUUAAACUGUGGUAUAUACCAGACAGUGGUCUAAGUUGCAAUUUGAAUGAAUGGCUAAUAGAGUUACGCGGACAUCGUCGUAGAGUAGGUUACAUUGAAUGGCACCCAACUGCAGAAAAUGUCAUAGCUAGCUCCGGUUUUGAUUACUUGGUUAUGUUAUGGGAUGCAGGAACUGGUCAAAUUUUAAAUACAAUUGAUUGUCAUCCAGAUAUUGUACAUUCAUUAGCGUUCAAUAGAGAUGGUACUAGAUUAGCGACAACUUGCAAAGAUAAAAAAAUUAGAUCGAUUGAUCCUAGAUCUGGAUUAGUGGUUUCAGAGGGAAUUUGUCAUGAAGGAUCACGUUCAUGCAAGGUAAUUUAUUUGGAUAAUGAGCGAUUAUUGACCACAGGUUUUUCAACGUAUUCAGAUAGACAGAUAGCUAUUUGGAAUCAUACAGAUUUAUCUGAACCUUUGCAUCGUGUAAACAUUGAUUCAUCGUCAGGAAUCUUAUUCCCAUACUAUGACUAUGACACAAGGAUGGUUUACUUAGCUGGAAAAGGUGAUGGCAAUAUAAGAUAUUAUGAAAUAGUUGACGAAUCACCAUAUAUACAUUUUUUAAAUCAAUUUAUAUCUGGUUGCCCACAGAAAGGAUUUGGAAUGAUGCUUAAACGUGGCUGUAAUGUGAGUCGUUGUGAAAUUAUGCGAUUUUAUAAGUUACAUACUACUCGUAAUGUCUGUGAACCAAUUUCAAUGAUUGUUCCAAGAAAGAGUGACCAGUAUCAACAUGACUUGUAUCCUGACACGGCUGCUCCAGUACCAGCAUUGAGUGCCCAAGAAUGGUUUAAUGGAAUUAGCAAACCACCAGUUUUAAUGUCAAUGAAAACAGGGGUUUCAGUAAAAACACACAAACCUCAAGCAUUUGUUUCCAACGAGGCCACUCGUAAUGACACCAAUUAUCGUAUGAAAUUUGCUUUCCUCUCCAAGGAAACAGUGCCUGAUUAUCGACCACUAGAUAUGUUGCCAGAAAUUGAAAAAAACCAAAAGACUCAAGUUAAUCAAAACAUGAAAUUUCAACAAAUACAACAGAAAUUGAGUAGUUCAUUAGUUGGAAAAUUCAGUAAUACAACUGAUGGAGAUGACGAAUGCAAUAAUAUGAAAGAAAACUCAAAUUCCAACGAAAUUAUGAAAAACGAAUAUCAGAUGAGGAAAGCUUUCACUCGUCAAUGUGAAGAACUAAACAUGCUCAGAAAACAAUUGGCCCACAGAGAUCGGCGCAUUCAAGACCUAGAGGAUCUUGUUUCCACACUUCAAUCGCAACUUAAGGUUCAAAGAUUACAGUAAUCAGUAGAUUAUUACCUGGUGUAAUUCUCUCUAUAUAUUUUUAAUACUUUUGAGCUUAUGCCUUUUGGCUAAAAUUAUGGCCCAAUGAUUAUGAAACCUACUUGAUUAAUCAAAUAAGCUUUGAAGCUUUAAGCUGCAACUAUUUUUAACUAAGAACAAAAUUCAGGGUUGGAACUAAAUGUUGGGAAAAAAAGAUUCUUUUUUGUACCCUGGUACUUCUGUGAUCAAAUAAUAAUUUUGUAAAUUUGCAAUAAUAUUUGCAUAACCUAUAAUUUUAUUUUUAAUUAGGUUAUCAUUUAUAUAUUAAUGUUAAGCAAUUUAUGUUUUAACCAGUAAUUAAACGUAGUUAUUUUUUUAUUAUAAGUUAUGAUGAAUAGAAAUUGAGGUGUCAUAUCAAAUAAGAAAAUAAUGCAUUUCUUAAAAAUAAAAUGCGUAUAAAAGAUAGUGUUAAAGUAAAGUCAGAUGGAUUUUGUGUUUGAAGUUAUAAAGUUUAGUCAAUACUAUGUAUUUAGUCUUAUUAUAUAGCAAUUUUAAAAGACUACAGUUUAUUUGGAUAAAUUAUAAAGACAAUUAUUAUUUUACUAGGUAUAAAACAUUUCGAAAUAUGACCUGGUAUUUUGAGGACUGCUAGUAAUAAUCAAAUCAUCAUGUCAUUUAUAUCGUACAUAUAUUUUGUUUUAUUUUAUAGGUAACGCAAAGAAUCAUCAAUAGUUAUAAUUUACUAAACAUUAACUACUAUAUUAUGUUCCAUCUUACUAACGCAUAACAGCAAAUUUUAUUCAGAAGAGUCCAUUUUACUCAUAUUUCUAAUAUUAGAGUGAACUGAGUGUCUUGAGUUAUCAUGGAACUAUCCAGGUUAGAAUAUUAUCUAGGACCCUAGUAAAAAAGGCUUUUUAUUAUAUUUUACUUAUAAAAUUAUUUAUUAUCAAUAUACAAUUUGCUGUCAUGCACUCAUGCAGUUAUGCUUAAGUAUGAUGGAGACAACAUGUGUGGGUAUUACGCCUUCUUAAACAUUUUGAUUUAUAUCAAAUACAAUUAUUUUAUAUCACAUUGACCAAAAAAUUGAUUAUCUAAUGCGGACUGAACAAAUAAAAACAUAUGCUCCAAUUACAAAUAAUAUUACUGUUAUACAGAAAUCUCAGUAUAUAGUAUAAACUGAUAUAUUAUAAUAUUAUAUUAUUUAAGUUUGUCUCGAAAUGCUACAAAAUAUUUAAGGCUUGUUCUGUAAAUGCUUUAAUGAGAUUGUACUGCUUGUGUUUUGUGUUUUAGAAAGAUAUUUAACUUUUUUAUUAUAUAGAGAUUAAUUUAGGAUUCAUGUUUUUGGCCAACUGUUUAUAAUAUAAUAUAUUACACACAUUUUAUAUCAAAUUGUUUGAAUUGUAACAAGUCUAUAAAACAUUAUGCACUGUCAGGUUAGACAAAAUUACUGCCAAUGUGUUUCACAUGAUAUCAUUAUACCAAAUUAAUUGGCUCA